AAGUCCCAAUCGAGUGUUGCGGCGACGGGCGCGUAUGAAAUGAGCGAUUAAGCUAAAGAGGAGGCAGUACCAUGCUCAUAGUCUCUUGCAAUACAGAAGUACACCAUAAGUUAAACUGAAGAAUCAAAGAUGGCGGAACCACCACAGUCGAUAUGGCAGAAGAUAGACAGUUCGGUUAUUCCUGUCGUAAAUCUAGAAGUGCGGGAGGUCCGCGAGAUACUAUGGGAGAAGAUACAGGAACCCACCACGCAAAGGAAAAUCAUCCUAGUCAUAGUAGCUAUAGCUCUUCUCUUAGACAACAUGCUUUAUAUGGUUAUCGUGCCGAUCAUACCGGACUACUUGCGGUAUAUAGGUGCGUGGGGCGAGGAAGCCUACGAUCAUGUAGUCACUUUAGAACCUAUAAUAGUAGGCAACAGAACUGUUAUACCAACUAAAAUCAUCCCAGCCACUCAUGAAGGGCAAGAAUCAGCAACGGGAGUUCUGUUCGCGUCGAAGGCGAUAGUGCAGCUCAUGGUUAACCCGUUCUCCGGUGCCUUAAUUGACCGCAUAGGGUACGAUAUACCCAUGAUGAUCGGACUUAUCAUUAUGUUUCUGUCCACAUCGAUAUUUGCUUGCGGCAGAAGUUACGGUAUGUUGUUCUUCGCGAGAAGUCUUCAAGGCGUAGGAUCCGCCUUCGCUGAUACUUCUGGGUUAGCCAUGAUCGCUGACAGGUUCACAGAAGAGAACGAACGCUCAAAAGCAUUAGGUAUAGCACUUGCAUUUAUCAGUUUUGGAUGUCUGGUUGCGCCGCCUUUUGGGGGAGCUUUAUACCAGUUUGCGGGAAAAGAAGUACCUUUCCUUAUCCUCGCAUUGGUAUCCCUCAUGGACGGAUUUAUGCUGCUUCUUGUGAUGAAACCUUUAAAGACGCAAAUGAAAGAAGCGGCCGAACCUAAGACUCCCGGUACGCCGAUUUGGAAACUUUUAAUAGAUCCGUAUAUUGCCGUUUGCGCUGGUGCUCUUAUGAUGUCAAACGUCGCGUUGGCAUUUCUCGAGCCGACGAUAUCGCUGUGGAUGGAAGACAAUCUAACGAAAGACAAUUGGAAGAUUGGAAUGAUUUGGUUGCCGGCAUUUUUCCCGCACGUUCUCGGUGUAGUUAUAACAGUCAAAAUGGCAAAGAAGUAUCCCCAUCUACAGUGGCUGAUGGCAGCUGCUGGCUUAGCGCUCGAAGGUUUAUGCUGUUUCAUUAUACCAUUCGCUACUUCAUACAAAAUGCUAAUGAUACCAAUUUGCGGGAUAUGCUUCGGCAUCGCUCUCAUUGAUACUGCAUUAUUACCGACUCUGGGUUAUUUGGUGGACGUUCGGUACGUCUCCGUAUACGGGAGCAUCUAUGCAAUCGCAGACAUAUCUUAUUCUUUCGCCUACGCAGUGGGACCGAUCAUCGCUGGAGAGGUCGUCGAAAUGAUAGGCUUCACGGCUCUCAAUCUCUUCAUCGCCUUCAGUAACUUGCUGUACGCUCCAGUGCUGAUGUAUCUCAGACACAUCUAUGACUUCAAGCCGUUCGAGAACGAAGCUAAUAUUUUGAUGGCUGAUCCGCCAGACAAAGAGUACCAGACCUACACGAUGCAAGACCAGAGGCCUGUGAACGGUGACUUCAAGAAUCAUUUGGAGUAUAGCAAUGUGCCUCAAGAGAUGCAGGAGUCUGACGUGGACAGUUCGAGGUACGAUUAUCAGGAGGGGUAUCAGAAUUAUUCUCAAGGGUACGAGCAGCAGGGGUACCAGCAGGAAGCCUACAGCCAGCCCCGGCAGCUGCCCGCGCAGCCGCAGCCGGCAGCCAGCAACCCCUUCAGGGCCGCCGCCGCCGCGCCCGCCGCGCCCCCGCCCGCCCCCGUGCCUCCAGCCCCAACACAGCCUCCCAUCAGGAACCCCUUCCGACAAGGCUUCUAGAGCGGUUUAGGAUUGUUGUCUAUAUUUUUGAAUUUACUUGUUGUGUAUUUAUAAAUGUCUUAUAGUAAACUUCGAUCACUGAGCCGCGAACAGCAGGCGGCGUUGUUUAGUGUCCGACUAGAUGUCUAUUAUCUAACUGUGCUUAAAACUUACUGUAUCGUAGUGUAUUACCGUUGCCUACAAAAUUACACGUUGUAAUACACCAAAUUUUAAUAUAGGCAAAAUGUACAGAAAGCUCGCGAGGUGAGUGCCAUCAUGAAGAAUGUAAAAUAAAACGGCUCAACUCACUUUUUAUCGGAGUAUGCCAGACUAGUCCACGACCAUUAUUCAUAAGCUUGUUCAGUUUUAUUGCCAUGAUAAUUGAAACAGGAUACCAUUUCUUCUGUUUGCCUGGAUUACGUCAACGAUGCCAGCGAUGAAGACCAGCCGAAAUCGUCGGCAGGUGAAGUUGACCCACAAGCCGUGAACAGGGCCAUGAAUACGAAUGAAUUCAAGGGGCGGAUCAACAAAUUCCUGAAAGGCUGGCAGUUUCUUUGGCACUGCAAACGUUCAUGGGCGGCGGUAAUCACUUAAUAUCAGGUGACCCGUGGUUUGCUCGCUAUUUUCAUAAAAAAUGAGUAAGGACGGCUUACAUGCCCGAAUCUAAUCCCGUAUACUUCGAUAAAAACGUGAGUUAAACCGUUUUAAAUGUUCUUGAUAAUGAAUAUCAAUCACGACAGUAUAAACGUAUUGUAACUGUGACCUAAUUGGUAGUUAAGGAUACAGACUGUCGUUUUUCACAUACUGAGAUAACAAACUUGCUAGUUAGCUUAUUUGGUCGAUAUUUGUUUAGGCUAUGCUAGCUAGGCUAGGCUCAUAAUAACAAAACUCAGGCCCCGAUGGCAUUCGACUCGUAUAUCAAAAGUGAAUUCUUGAUAUCAUCAAGAUUGUCGUAAAUGGUAGAUGUGACUUUGUAGGCAGCUCUAACAUUUCUUGUUGAUAUUGUACAUUGUUCAAACUGUUACAACUUUUCAACACUUGCGGUAUUAAUGAAACCAGUUGGUUUUGAUAUUCAGAUAUCUAUUUCUCACUACUUCACUAUAUUUUAAGAUAAAAUAUAUUAUUAUUAAAUAAGCAUAUUAUAAAAAUUAAAAUUUACAUGUGUGUGUAGACAUUGACACUCGAUAUUACGCUACUAUCAUAAGAUAUUAAAAUUAUUCUUGAAGCAAUUUAAGAUUAUAUUGUACUCUUUUAAGCGUAGUAUUUAGAUGUAAAUAUAAGAAGAAAAUAAAAGGCGCAAUCCAGUAAAAAAGUAGUUAGAUGUUAAGGGCCUAAAAAUAUGUACAUUAUUAAAUGGCACUUACGUCUAUUAGGAAUAAUUAUUCUUUUCCGUUAUCAUAUUAUGUUAGGUGAGCUCGGAACGAAGUGUGCAUGAAUAAUCUAGCACUUUGUACGCAAGUAUUUUAAUAUCUUUAAUGGCUCCUACAAAAACUAGCGUAUCUAAAAAAAUAUUUCAAACAAUUAAAAAUUCAUUACUGAAAAUUGACUAAAUAAUAGUCACUUUUUCAUCUAAAUUAAAGAAAUCCCUAGAGUCAAAUGUUUUGUUAGAUACGAUAGUAUACGUGAAAGCUAUGAAGUGUAAUAUAAUCAUUAUUACUUUGUCGAAGAUUUGAUUAUAGGUUUUGAGAAACUCUGAAUUAAUUUUUAGGUUGUACUCUUAUCUAAAGCCAAGUGUCCACUAGCAAUAUUUGCAGAAAUCAGCUGUGGCAAGUGUCAAGCUAUUGCACUUUGUAAACAAUAGUAGCAAGUAAUUUCUACAAGUUUUAGUUUCUAAAACAGAAAGUGACAUUGCCAUGACAUUGAUAGCUGAGUUCUGCAAGUCUUAUUACCAGUGGAUACUUCGCUGAACUAUUUUCACUAGUUAUAAGGCUGCGGGCACAUUGCGGGAUAAAAUGUGACGUGACACGUCUUUUCUAAACUGUUG